CCUGGGUUUGUUGUCUGAACUAGCUUACAGUAACAUACAUUUGCAUGAGUGGAAAAUAAAGGACACCCUGAGGUGCACUUCCUCAUGGGACGCAAGAUAAAACGGCUCAGGAAAGUAAAGUUCUCAGACCUCAGAAUUCUGAAGCUCAUUUAUAUUAGUGCUUUCCACAUGUCAAACUCUUCGGUUUGUUGCGCCUUCGAGUCCCCUAUCCUGGACCAGGUCCUCCCCCCUGUCCUUUGCGUAGAGUUCAUUCUCGGCCUCACGGGGAACAUUUUGGCCCUCUGCAUGUUCGCUUUCCACAUGGAGAGCUGGAAGCCCAACUCCAUAUACCUGGCGCACCUGGCUAUAGCCGACUCUGUGGUGCUCUUCUGCUUGCCUUUCAGAGCUGACUACUACCGCAGGCGCAAGGACUGGAUUCACGGGGACGCCUUCUGCCGCAUCCUGCUCUUCCUCCUUGCAGCCAACAGGGCAGCAGGUAUUUUCUUUCUCACGGCUGUGGCUGUGGACCGCUACCUGAAGAUCGUGCACCCGCUCAACCGUAUCAAUCGGAUGGACCUGAAGUACGCCAUGUGGGUCUCUGCUGGCAUGUGGGCGAUGAUAAUAGCCAUGACGGCUUACUUGCUUGGCUCUCCACACUUCUUCGAAUUCGGCAACCGCACACAAUGCGAGAGCUUCAACAUAUGCAUGGGAAGCAACCCUCUUUCAAACUGGCACAAUGCUUUCUACGUGAUUCAGUUCUGUGUGCCCACGAUCAUCAUUGUCUUCUGCACAGCCUGCAUUACAUGGCAGCUGAAAAGCAAGACGAUAGACACCUCGGGCAAAAUCAAGAGGGCCGUACAGUUCAUUUUCAUCGUUGCUAUGGUCUUCAUCGUCUGCUUCUUUCCGAGUACUGCCUCACGGAUUGCCGUUUGGAUACUAAAGGUCUGGUACAGCGAGUGCUCGUACUUCACUGAGGCAAAUCUGGCUUUUUACACUUCGGUCGUCUUCACCUAUUUCAACAGCGUCCUCAACCCUCUGGUCUACUAUUUCUCCACUCCGGCAUUCAGUGGGACUAUACAGAGCCUUCUUAUGAAACUCAGAGGGAAGAAAGCAGAGAGGAUUCUGUCGACGGUAACAAGUGAUUAAAAUAAACGGAGAAAACAAAAGCAUGAGCAUGUGAUGAUAAAGUAAUUCAUACAUCACUCUGUACAUAUCUAUACUACUCCAACUUCUACAUUUCAAAAGAUGAUAGAUUGUGAAAUACUGCUUUUCGUUUUAGUAGUAAUGUAGUAUUGUAAAAAAAAAUCUAAAUGAAUCUUAAUUUUAAUAAUAUUAGUUAAAAUAUUUUAUGCAUAUACUGUGUUUCUUUUUAAGACUUCAGA